CUCGCGGAUUUAACUUAUGCGGGUAAAUGUUUUAAGACGGUCGUUCUGGAAAUUUUAUCCCGGCAGAAUUGCGGUAUCAGUUGAUUGUUAAAUUCAUUAGAUAAUAGAUUAUUUUGUUAUAUUUUUUACCCACACACUCAGUGAUUAAAUAUAACGGUUUUAGAAAGUCAUCGACUGGGCGACGUCUUCCUACAGGUCGCUCAAGUUCAUUUUAGCUCUGGGUCAUUGGUUUAACAUUUCUAGCUUUAAAAAAAAAUUACAUAUAUAUAUUUAAUGUAAAGUACACUUGUCACUCCGGUGUCUACUCAUGGCAAAUGUGAUACGCUUUUGCUCACGCGAUAACGGUAUUUUAUUAUGCGGUUUUUGUUUACUUAAUUAUAUUUAUUUAAUUAAUUAUGUAUUUUAAAUUCAUUGUUAUAUUUACUGUGAUGUAAAUUUAUUAGCGGUAAAAUUAAAAUUUUAAAUAUUGCGGUUUAAAAAUUAAAUAUUUCUGAGGAGUAAAUUAAAUAAUUAAAAAAAUAGUAAUUUAAUUCCGGAGUAAAGUCGUGUGAUAAUAAUUGCGCGGUAGCUUAUAAUUUAUAUGAUGAAGAUUUUGGAUUAAAAGUAUAAAUAAUUUACCGUAAUGAACUCAAUGUCUACAUAAGGUGGAAUAGUUUACAAAUAAGCUGAGUGCUAACUCUGCCGUUACGGUUUGGAUAAAAAUUUUUCCAAGCAAAUCUACGCGUAAAUCGGUAGUCCAUUAGAUAAAUGGGUUGAGCAAAUAUAAUAACAAAAAAAAAUGCGGAUACUCUGGCUCUUGAUUUUUUGGAUCGCCAUUUGUCAAGGACAAUUAAAUUAUGAAGGAAAUCCAUUAACAGAAAAUACCGAGUACACUGCUGAUGAAUCACAUUAUCAUGUAAAUUAUGACAGGAGAAAAUUAAAUAAUAAUACGACAGAGCCACACGCACCGGCAACUAUUUAUUUCCAUGAUAAUAAAAACACGUCGAAUAUGUCAAUUAACGUGGGUUUAAAUGAUAAAGCUGGUGAGCAAUCAUCAAAAGCACCUAGUAAUUUACAUGCAAGCUCAGUGGGUACAUUGACGCAUCAAGUGUCUUCAGUAAACCCGUCAAUCGAAGCACACGAUUCUACGUCUACUAUGCAAAUACAAUCAAGGCAAUACUCGACAGAUCAAAGUGGCAAUUUUAAUAAAAUGCAAGCCACGUCCCGGCAAAUCGGCUCAUCGUCAGUCAUCUCCAACGAUGCGCUUAACAAUUUUUUGAAUUCACGAACUCCCGCUGAAUCCCAGUACGCUUUAGAUAAUUACUUGCAAAUGACAUCCUCACAAGUAGACACACAAGAAGUCAAUCCCGUUAAUGUCGACAGCACUAAAUAUUACCAAGUUUUACCUUCAGCGUCAGCGUCAGUCUCAUCGUCAUCAUCAUCAAUGGCCGUCAAUCAGCAAUCAAGUAACGGACAAGUUGACAAUGUGUCUAAUCUACAGUCAGUUACAAGCAUGACAACAAUUACCGACACACAACCGGAACCACAGAUUUAUCAAACGUAUCCAUUGUGGCAUCAACCAGCAUUACAAAGUCGCCGUGAUUAUAUACCAGGACUGAGACGACGUCCUUAUUAUCGUGGCUCGAUUAGUAGAUAUCGUCAACGUAUACAACCACGUCUAGGACACGGUUACAUCGGCAAAGGACCAGGACUAGGUCCUCCGCCGAUUGGACUAGGUCCUGGACCAGUUGGACUGGGACCUGGACCUGGUCCUGUUGGACUAGGACCUGUAGCUUCAGGUCCCAUGGGAUUAGGUCCGAUACCUUAUGGGUCCAAGCCCGAAGUUAUUUACACGAAACCACCGGGAGCAAGUCCCGGUUACGCACCAGGAGCGCCAAUAAAUAAUUCUCCAUAUGAAGACGCAAGUGCUCAUUUCUCUGCUCUAAAUCAUCCGCCUCCACCCAAAGACAACGUAUACUACUCUCAACUUUAUGCCCAGUCUUAUGACCCUCAUUACUACAAUUACAUCGCUAAGACGGGAAAAAUAAAGCCCUGGCUCUACGGUAAGAUGGGUCGUCAUCCAGAGGAGACGAGUUUCUGGGGCGAACUGUUCCAGAGUUUUAUGAAACAUGGAAUGAAAAAUAUGAUGAAUCCAAUGUUCCUUCUAGGGCUUUCUAUACCCGCGAUAACACUGAUGCUGUCUGCGAUCGUGCCCAAGCGCUCUUUUGCUAGAUCAUCGAAUAAUUACGGUGAUUAUCUGAGUGAAGAAAAGAUAAACGAGCUUGCGGAUAAAGUACGCAAGGCUAUCAAGUGUUACGAGAGUAAUAAAUUCAGUGACAGCAGCAAUUGCUGGUAGUUAUUUUAUUUAUUUAUUUAUUUAUUACGUGAUUUUCAAGUGCAAUUACGAUAUUUAUUAUCUACGAACGCAUGUUCCGUGGAGUGAAUUAAUAAGUUUAAAUAACCUAUCCAAGUACUGAUUAAAGACAGAGGUUCAGGGUCGUAAACCUUGUGGUCAAUUCGGCGCCAUUAAGACACCAGACCGUUCACCAAUAAAUUACUAUAUAAAAUUAUUUUAAUUAGACAAUUUAAAGCCUAACCUGUGGGUCAUGAGACCCAGACAUUACCUCUACUCUACUCUAGCUUUACCAACUACAAUUGCCCGAGUUGUUUAUAUUUUUAUGUCUAUUAAUAGAUGAAAUUUACAAGGAUGACACUAAAUAUUUAAAAAACUACUUCAUUUACGCUGUUUUUUUCUUCGUUUAAUCAAUUAAUUAAUUUUCAUUUACAUUUUGUUGAAGGCUCCCUACUGAAUUAUUUUAAACAAACUAAUUGUUAAUAUAACAAUGAGGUAUUCUAAUUGUUUACGGCAAGACACCGGACGAUCUACGUCCCAUUAUAUGUACAGUCUACCAAAAAACAUUUUUACAACUUUAAUAAUCGUUAUUAUUUAUUACUUUUUUUU